GAUUCUUUCAUUUAAAUAUAGGCCUAGCCUAUCCUAAAGUCCAAAACGUUCCAUUAUCAGGUUGGAAUUUGAAUCGACGUGCGUUACCUAGGCGUUCGAGGGACCGGUUUGUUUUAGUUUCAGUUUCAUUUUCAGUAUUCACAAUUCAACAUAGAUCUAGAUUAGAUCUACUUCCGAUAGGGUGUGUUGCGUGUUUUGUAACAUGAAGUUUCUUCUUUCUAUGGCUGUCUGUCUGGAUGCUAAGGGCGUAGCGUGCUGUGCUGUUGCAUCAGCCAAAUAGCCCUUACCUUUGCAGUGAUAAUAAUAUAGAUAAAAAAAACCCAGCUUAGCCUUAUUUGAGUGCGAUUCUGCAGAUGUAAAACUUUGGACCAGUCACUAGAAUCUGAUCUAGAUCUAGAUCUAGUCGUCAAUCAACGCUGACCCUGUCUUGUCUACUGAAGGGCCUAGCUCUGAAAAUUGCACAAGACGUCGACGAAAGUGAAACUUAGAAUUGAGAACAGAGACCAUGGAUCGGUUCUUCCAAUGGCUACAAGAAGCUGAGGCUCACGGGGUGUCACACAACACUUUUUGCUCCAUCUGGGAGAAGGAACAGCAGCUGCUUCAGCAGAAGGAGGAGAGUCGACAGCUAGAGUUGAAGCUUGGACAGAAGAACAACUCUGGAAAUAAGCAGCAGGCAUCAGAAAGUAAUGUCUGCCUCCCUCUGGAGCAGAUGAUGAAUGCCCACUUUGAAGAACAGAAGUCACAAAUGAGAGGAAUACGACGACAAUUUCAGUCCUACGAAAAAGAGUUUGUCGGGGUGAAGGAACAGCUCACAAAAAUUACCUCCAAACUGCUGUCUGUGGAAGGUGUUCUCCAGAAAAUGCAAGCUCAGCGACCUGCAGAGAUGAAACGUCUGAAAAAGGUUGCCUCCACCCUAGCGAGACUCGAAGACCACGUUUUACAACGUGAAGCCGGUGAUGUUUUUACUGAAAACUCGAUCUCCGCAAAAAUGCACCCAAAAAAGCAGUCUGUUGACGAUUCAGUCAUGAACGUGCAAGAUAAGCAAACUGAGGAUGUAGGUUUCAAACUGAAGAAUGUUUCCUCCACCCUAGGGAAACUCAGACUCAAAGACCGCUUAGAUCAACAAGGUGAAGCGGGUUUUUACAUGAAAGAAAACCCGGACCUCGCUAAAGUGAACUCAAAAGAACAGUCUGUGGACGAUUCAGUCUUGAACGUGCAAGAUAAGCAGCCUGAAGAUGUAGGUUCUAGUCCGAAGAUCAAAUUCUCCGAACUUUUAGAGUCAUUGGGUUCGAUUGAAAACUCAACAUCUUCCUCCCCUGCCCCCGUCAACGACCUGCAUCCCACCGGAGCUUCGAUAAACAUACUUCCCAAGAACGGCGCAGAGAUUUCUAUUGAGAAUGUAACAGAGUUUGCCUCUGCUCGUCGUGAGUACCUCAGCGACUAUUUCUACUCACACGGGAAGCCGUGCAAAGUCCGCAUGCGCGUCUGGUUCAAGAGACAGGGCCGGCUGGGGGUCAGUUUGCUCGUGGCCCCAGGAGAACUGGACGACCGGUUCGAGUGGCCUCUCAUGUUCAGUGGAUCAGGAAGCGUGUUCCACAAGGGCUCCGGUCAGUUCACAAGCCUGUGGGAGUUUGAGGACAAGGCCUGCGACCGUGAGGUCAAUUGCGUGGAGAUUGUCAUGAAGAAGGCGGAGACUGCAGUGAAGGGGGCGGAGACUAAGGGGCAGAGGGCGGAGACUAAAGUGAAGGGGGCGGAGACUAAGGUGGAGGCGGCGGAGACUGAGAUAGGCGUGACCAUCCGGCUGUCCUCUAAUCGUCACCCCGUGGAUGAUGUCGCUCUCGAAAUACUGGAGGAGAAAGGCUACGCCGAGGGCGACGUAUUGACGCUCUGCUGGACGGUGAGGGCAGACCGUCUCGACCCGGGAAUGGUGGUACUUCAUUAGCCAGCUCUCGGUCGUCUUCUAUUUGUUUUUUGGUUUGUUUGGGUUUGGGUGUUGUUGUUUUUUUUUGGGGGGGUUGUUGUUUUGUUUUUUGUUGUUGCUGUUUUGUUUGUUUUUUGGAGGGGGCGGGAUGGAAGUGUGACAGACCCCAGACACCACCAUAUUGGGGAGAGCAGAAUCGCUACUCAGCAUCCUGUGGUAGGGUGGCCUCUCCCUCCCCCGAAGGCUAGGCACGGGGUGAGAACUCUCCCACCCACCCACCCACCACAUACACACACUCACACACACACACACACACACACACACAAAGCAAUGCAAACACAGUUACAGUUACACAUUCUCACAAAAUUAUAAUUUAUGAUACUGUAUGAGUUGAAAACUUCACGUUACUCACUCCCACCAAAUAAUGUGAUGAUGAAAAUCAGUCUAGAUCUAACGUAAGGGCGAUAACAUAGAAAACGCCGAAACUUAAGCGGCUGAAGAUCGAAGCGGAUCACACACACACACACACACACAC